UUAUAUUCAGCGACUUUGACUGAAUUGGGAAUGAAUUUGAUUUCAUACUAUUUGGACGAACAGAACCAAUGGGCGCUUAAUAUCAACGAACUUCGCAGAGCUCUCGAAGAAUCCAAGAGUGUCUGCAGACCGAAAGCCAUUGUCGUGAUAAACCCGGGAAACCCAACCGGUUCUGUCCUCACGAAAGAUAACAUCGAAAAUAUAGUUCGUUUCGCGAAAGAAAACAAUUUACUGAUAAUAGCCGAUGAGGUAUAUCAGCACAACAUUUGGGAUCCCAGUGCUCGCUUCUACUCGUUCAAGAAAGUUAUGCACGAAUUGGGAGUCAGACUGGAAUUGGUGUCUAUGAUGAGCGCUUCCAAAGGUUUUAUGGGUGAAUGUGGUCUAAGGGGAGGGUAUUUAGAGUUAGAGAACUUUGACACCGAAGUGAAGGCUGUUUUCUACAAGAUGUUGAGCGCA